AUGGUGCCUCGGCGUUCAACCCGAAAGUCAGCAGCUGGAGUGGCAAACGGAAAUGAUGUCGCUGCUAUAACACCAACCCAAGCUCUGAAUGAUUCGCCCAUGAACAGCCAUGUAGACCCUUCCUUGAGCAAGAAGCGCACCCGUUCUUCUCGCACAGCUGUGCCGAAUUCCUCCGAUAACGACGAUGACAUUGUCGGAGUCGACCCUUCUAUGCCGCCAGUACAACUUCGUCGCACACUGAAGCAAGUCUCGAUUCCCGUCAUGAGCACCGGUCACGCAGCUGCAUCGGUUACAGCACAGUCGGCCGAGUCCGAAAACUCGAACGAGUCUCCAUCGCUGGACAACUCCGAUUACGAUACACCUGCUACGAGCAAGUCGAACACACCGGCCGCCUCCUUUGGUCGCACUCGUGGCUCUGCCCGCAAAAGCGGAUUGAGCAAGACUGUCACAGCUCGAUCGCGGAACACUAUCGAAGACACAGAUGACGAGAUCGAAGCGGUAGACUUGGACGCAGAGCUCGCCUUGCAGAUGCAGCUUGAGGAAGACGAAGGCGAGCACCGUAGCAAGCGCCAAAGAAUCGAGGAAUCCGACGACGAGGACGACGAAGUUAAGAACGCUUAUGCACCACCAGCUCGGGCGCGAGCGAAACCAACACCUUACAAGGGGAAGGGGAAGGGAAAGGCGAAAGUGGAGUCUGACAUCGAGACCGACGAUGACGCAGACUCGCUGCUGGAAGAGCUGGUCUCUGAACCAUCCUAUGAAGGCAAGGGCAAGGGCAAAGCGGCGAACGAAGAACUAUCGCAUCGCCGGAGUCGUUCAAACCGACCCAGUAUGAGCCGCAACACUAUCCUCGACGACAUCAUCAGCGAUCUGGAGGAUUCUGAGGAGUACGAUGAAUUCAAGCCAGACGAUGCCGGCUCGGCGAUGGAUGACGUCGACAGCCUAGCCGCAGACGACAGUGAAGAGGAGGAACCGCUUAUGGUAGCCAGUGCCCGCUUUAAGAAGGUGUCGGCGAAGUUACCAAAGCGUGCACGGGGCAAGAAGUCGUUCACACAUGCAGAGAAGAUGGAGAAGCAGAGGCGCAUGGCGAGAUAUGCACACAUUGAAGACAAAUGGGAGCGAAAGCGUGCCAUGAAUCGCGAACGAGCGGAACAGCAACAUCCUAAAUUGCGGUCAAUGUGGGACGACCUUCAGAAGAUCCCUGUUCUUCCCGUUGAGAGGGCAGAACAGCCAAAAACGAUCACCCGACGACUGAAACCAUUCCAGCUCGAGGGUCUUAGCUGGAUGAUCCGCCAGGAACAGACCCACUACAGAGGCGGCCUUCUUGGAGACGAGAUGGGAAUGGGUAAAACCAUUCAAGCCGUUUCGCUCAUCAUGUCGGACUAUCCUGCAAAGGCACCUACACUCGUCUGUGUACCACCUGUGGCCCUGAUGCAGUGGUCAAAUGAGAUUCGGGAGUACACUGAGAACAAGCUCAACGUGCUGGUUUAUCACGGCACAAAUGCGAAAUGCAAGAAGAUGACCGUUAAGGAUUUGAAGAAGUUCGACGUCAUCAUGGUGUCUUACAACAGCCUGGAAUCUUUGCACCGCAAGGAGACUAAGGGCUGGAGCCGCGGGGAGGACAUCAUCAAGGAGGCCUCUCCCCUUCACGCUAUCCACUUCCAUCGUCUCAUUCUUGAUGAGGCACACAGCAUCAAGUCUCGCAACACCGGUGUCGCCAAGGCCUGCUUUGCACUCACUGGAACCUACAAGUGGUGUUUGUCAGGAACGCCGGUGCAGAACCGCAUCGGAGAGUUCUUCUCCCUUUUACGAUUCCUAGAAGUGCGUCCCUUUGCGGACUACUUCUGCCGCUCUUGCAAGUGCGAAAAGUUGCAUUGGGCCACAGACGACGAUCACAUGUGCGUUGCUUGCAAUCACGGUGCAUCUGAGCACAUAUCGGUGUUCAACCAGGAGCUGCUCAACCCCAUCACCGGCGACGAUGUGGAUCUCCGCGAGCAGGCGUUGGCGAAGCUGCAUAUGAUUACCGCCCGUAUCAUGUUGCGUCGCAUGAAGCGCGAUCACACCAACUCUAUGGAGCUGCCCAUGAAAGACAUCAUCAUCCACAACGAGUUCUUCAGCGAAGUCGAGCGUGACUUCUCUACCUCAAUCAUGUCAAACUCGAACCGCAAGUUUGACACCUAUGUCGCACAGGGUGUUAUGCUUAACAACUACGCCAACAUCUUUGGUCUGAUCAUGCAGAUGCGCCAAGUUGCCAAUCAUCCCGAUCUACUCCUCAAGAAGAAUGCAGCAGAAGGUAGCCAGAACGUCUAUGUCUGCAACAUCUGCGACGAGCCCGCCGAAGACGCCAUACGGUCCCACUGCCGCCACGAGUUCUGCCGCGCCUGCGUCAAGGACUACAUGGACACAUGCGAGGCUUCCGGAACCGACGCCGACUGUCCACGCUGCCAUAUCGCUCUAACCAUCGACUUCGAGCAGCCUGAGCUCGAGCAGGAUAUAGACUCAGUCAAGAAGACAUCCAUUAUCAACCGCAUCAAGAUGGAGAACUGGACGAGUUCGACUAAGAUCGAGAUGCUGGUGUACGAUCUGUACAAGCUGCGUAGCAAGAAGCAGACACUUAAGUCGAUUGUGUUCAGUCAGUUCACGUCUAUGCUGCAACUAAUCGAGUGGCGUCUGCGCCGCGCGGGUUUCAACACAGUGAUGCUGGAUGGCAGCAUGACUCCGGCCAUGCGACAGAAGAGCAUCGAUCACUUCAUGACGAACCCGGAUGUCGAGGUCUUUCUUGUGUCGCUGAAGGCUGGCGGUGUAGCUCUCAACCUGACCGAGGCUUCCAGGGUGUUCAUCGUUGACCCAUGGUGGAAUCCUGCUGCAGAAUGGCAGUCCGCUGACCGCUGCCACCGCAUCGGCCAGAAGCGACCUUGCGUCAUCACGCGUCUUUGUAUCGAAGACAGUGUCGAAUCUCGUAUGGUCGCGCUGCAGGAGAAGAAGGCAGCUAUGAUUGCUGGAACUGUCAAUAACGACAAAGUUGCCAUGGAUCGUCUGAGCCCUGAAGAUCUGCAGUUCUUGUUCCGUGGUUCUUAG